CUAGUGAAUCUGAGAAUUUCAAAUUCAAAGCUCAAGCUGAUGGGUUAGAAAAGGGGAAAGCCCUUCUUACAGUGCCUAAAGCUCCUCCACGUCUUCGAAAAUGGGAAAAUUCAAAGGAUUGUUUGAAUCCCCAAGAACAACCAAUUGCAAAGAUGUUAAAGGUCACAACACCUGUUUCAAGAUCAGCUAAU